GCAAGAAUACGACCGACCCCACGCAAUCCCACAGGCCACAACCACAAACCCCUUUUCUUUUUCCUAUUUCAGCUUCAGUUUCAGUAUCUCUAAGCCCCAAAAGCUCACCGAUUCCGUUCACUCUCUCUAGAACAUUCUCCGCCACUCCCUGAAAAUGACGGACUCCGACGGAACCGCCACAGCGCCGCCGAAGCAAUCGGAAGACAAGAUGAUGCUGCCGCCGGCCCCAUCACCGGCCAGAAGCAGUCAUCUCAGCAUUUGGCCCCCUUCGCAGCGCACCCGCGACGCCGUGAUUUCUCGCCUAAUCGAGACCCUGUCCACUCCCUCCGUCCUCUCCAAGCGCUACGGCACGAUUCCGACCGACGAGGCCGCCGAAGCUGCUCGCCGCAUCGAGGAGGAAGCCUUCGCCGCCUCCAGCCACUCAACUACCCCCGAGGACGACGGGCUCGAAAUCCUCCAGCAGUACUCCAAGGAAAUCAGCAAGCGGAUGCUGGAAACCGUCAAGGCUCGGGCCGGGUCCGAAACUGCCCCGAACAACAUUGCUCCGGCGACUCCUCCUCUUGAUGUGCCGCACCCCGCUGAUUCUGCUGCCGAAGAAGUUCCGGCUUCUGACGAGGCUGCCGCUUGAACUUGUUAGCAACUUUUAACUUCUAUGUGGUAUGUGUUCUUCUUUGUUCUAGGGGUACUGUAAUGCUUAUCUUUGACUUCGAGAUUGAGAUCUAUUCGUGCUAAGUUAUGCCCCGAUUAUAUGAGAAAUGACUUCUAUAUAAGGGUUAGAAACCCUGUCUAGGGUUUUUGGGUUUCUAUUCCGCUCAGUAUGCUUCAGAUGCAUUUCCCCAAUCAGUUUGCUUUGUUUUUUUAUCUUAUCUUUGUGUGGUGUUGAUUCUGGGGCUGUGAUCAUCCAUGGACUGGUAUCUGAGCUUUGUGUGAAAUCGGUUUUGUUUCCAGUUGAGACAUUGUGGUGGAUUUAGGGAAAAAGAAAAUGUGACCAUGGAUAACUCAGAGCUAUAGAAGAUGGUUUUACCCCACCAUUUUGGUGGUGUUUCCUUGUGAUUAGUGAGAAUCACACAAGGAAAUGACACUAAGCUCGUAGACAUGCACUAGUAAGCUCUCUUUUGUUUAGUUCUUGUUCCUGAUAGUGUUUGCUAAGAGCUAUCCUUCACCAACGUGAUUUCAGAGGGAAUGUUAGUUGCUUUUUUCAUUACACGGUGAGAGGUGCGAAAGAGAGUAGAUAUUUAGACCGUAGAGGGUAGAUCAGCACAUAUCUGGUUAAUCUCUUUCUCUUCAUAUUCUGAUCUCGAGUGUUUGUUGGCAGCUAUUAUAGUACAGUUGGAUUUCUAGCUGUAUCAAACAUCCUUAUGUGAUUUAAGCCCUAUUGUUAAGCUAGUAACAUAUCUGCUGUAGCUAACUGCUUAUAAACAGAACAAGCCAUUCGUUCUGUUCAUUUCUGAUUCCCUUUGUAAUUGCACCCGACAUUUAAGAUACACUCCUUCGUCCGAUAGUAUAUUCACAAGAAGCCCCUCUUGGAUAUGUUUAAACUUGGGCAUAGUUGGUGGAAGCUAGAGAAAGGCUGUCUGUUGUAGAAUUGUGUGUCAAUGAGACCAUUCUCCUCUGCUUACAGUAUUCUCAUCUGCCUGCUACAUUGGGAUACCCCUGAGUUUCCAAUGGAAAUGAUGCUAGAAGAAGUGUCACUGACUUUGUUAGUAUGGACGAGAGCUUACCAUCUUGAACUCUUUCGUUCUGUUUUAUAUAUUUUGUUAUAUGAACCUUCUUUCUCUGCAAUUUAAAAGGUGGCCAUUGUUUGUAUAACUAAUAAACUCUUUCGAACAUUUUAAUAAGCAUAUACACAUACUGUCAUGUGUGGCAUUGCAGGCGUAUAUACCUUCAGUGAUCUUAAGUAACUCGCAAGAAAACUUCAAAACGUAUUGUUCCUCAUGAUGCAGUUGUCUAUAAUUGCUAUGGCUGUUGCAUCUAAAUUCUUUAUUUCUGGUGAAGUACGGUCAUCAAUACAGUUGACAUUGUUGUACAAUCUGACGAAGUUGAAGAGAACUUAGUGGUCAUUUGCUUGGUGACCCUCUACCUGAAGUCGGUCUCUCCUUCCUUUUCUUAUUUUUCUCACUGAUCCAUUGACAGGUAUCUGUGUUGUCGAUAUUUAUGUUCUUCAACUGAUAGGGGCAACUGGAGCUUUUCAGAGAAUCAGAGUUUUUUUCCCCCGUUGUUUGUUUGGAUUUUUGGUACUCUUGUCCGCUAUGUUGAUUCACUGCACAGCCAUGAGCCAUCUGUUAGGCUUAUGAUUUUCCUAGUGCUCCUUUCGCAUUACCAGUUGCUUAGCAGUAUAUCUUUACGUACAAUUAGGGCUCGUUGCUACUUUCUGCAGUAACGAAACUAAUGGUGUAUACUCGGAUGGUAAUCGUGUCCAGCGAGUCGUAGUGGUUGCCUGUUGGUAUUUUGGGUUUCACAGGUUGACGUUAACAACAAAUUAAAAGAUUUCGC